GCACAAUUCUAUUUUUUUCCCCGAGUGAUCUAUUUCUAUAGAAAUAAUAAAUAUAUAUAUUAAUUAUAUUCAAUUUAUAUAUUUUCUUUUGUGUGCUAAUCAUCAAGUGCUGUUGAACAAAUAAAUCUACAUAUUAUAGUUUAUCACACGUUUGUGUUUGACAUUCAGUGAUACACUUACACUGUUAUAGUAAAAAACACGUUGAUCACAAAUCACAAUAGAGGAUGUCAGCUGACUACUCACAUGUGCCAGCGUACCUUUAGACCUCACUCUUAUGUAUGUAUAAGUUACGAAACUUUCUAAUAAACUAACUUCCACAUAAACUUUUCAUUUCGAUGAAAAAAUUAAUUUUUCUUUCUUGCAACAAUAUGUUAAUUUUUUUCGAUUAUUACCAAAUAAAUAAAUUUUUAAAAUUUCAACUUUUUUAAAUUAUAAAUUAUAAUAUGUUAUUCGAAAAAUGUUAUCGUUCAGCUACCUCGAGCACUCGAGUACACAGACACACACAGUUAAGUUCGACUGACUGAUUGAGAGAGAGGGAUUGUAUCGAAAUAUAUGCACCUCGGAACAUCUUGUCUAAAAACUACCGGAAUAUAUUGUGCUGCGAAUCUGAGAUAUAUACGAGCGUACAAAAUAAGAAUGAUAAAGUACACAAUGGUAUUUUUUUAAACUGAUUUAAAUGUAAUAGAAGUCAAAAAUGAACAACGAAAUAAUUAAUAAUAAGUAUCUUAUAUAUUUAUCAUGUGUCCCCGAUGUUUGUUAAUAAAAUUGAAUGCUUUAUUAUCUAGAAAUUUAAAAAAAAAAAACCUUCUUUAUAAAAACAAUUGUUGCUGGAAUAUUUUAAAGUUUUACUCGAAUCUAUCACUUCAAAACGCUGAUUUAUUUUUAAAUGUAACAUGGAGAUUUGUGACUACCACAAUAUAUCCAGAUUGUUGAAAAUAAAUAAAUAAUUUUUCUGUAAAAAAUCGCAUACAAGAUGAUAGCAAUUUUUUUAUCAGUCUUUAUGUAAUUUUUUAAGUAGGAAGUAAUUACCAAGCAUUGUCAACGCUGUUCAUCUACUUGCCUUAGUUUGUACAAGAUAAAACUCAACACACUCCACAAUAAUAGCACUUGUCAUGUCCCGAUUUUUCGUCUAUAUAGUCACUUAAGUAACUAUAAUAUGUCAAUUAGUUAUCAAAUAGUUAAUUGUGUCGGAAUAAAAUUUGAACUUUGAAUCCGAGAACAUAGAUAAAAUUGAAAUAUUAUUAAUAUUUUUAUAUGACCUUGAUAAAUACUGCUGUAUCUAAUAUAUAUAUUCAGGCAACAUGACUGAAAAAGAAAUAGAAUUACGUGAAAAUGAAGUUUUUUUAAAAAGUGUUGAAGAACAACAGCUACAAGUUUUACAAGAUGUUAAUGUUGGAUGGAAAUUAUGGAAAAAACGUCGUAAUGUAGUUGGUAUCUUUACAUUUUUUGGAUUUUUUAUUGCGUAUAUACUCAGAGUAAGCCUGAGUAUUACAAUCGUUGUGAUGACCUCUAAUACAAAUGAGACAAAAGCAGAAUUUGAAUGGGACUCAAAGCUCCAAGGUUUUAUUUUGAGUUCAUUUUAUUAUGGAUAUAUUGCAACUCAAUGUUUGGGUGGUUUAUUGAGUGCAAGAAUUGGAGGAAAAAAAGUACUUGGUGCUGGAAUUGGUAUAACAGCAUUGUUGACAUUAGUAACCCCUGUAUUUGCACGUAUUAGUGUUUAUCUUCUUAUUUUUUUACGAGUUCUCAUAGGACUAUUUGAGGGUAUUACAUUUCCUUCGGUAGCAUCGAUAUGGGCAAAUUGGGCACCACCACUCGAACGUUCAAAACUUUCAGCUUUAGCUUUUGCUGGUGCUUCAUCUGGAGCUGUAUUUGCAAUGCCUGUAUCCGGUCUUAUUGCUGAACGCCUUGGCUGGUCAGCUGUUUUUUAUAUAUACGGAUUCUUUGGAUUAAUAUGGUAUGCAAUGUGGCUGUAUUUUAUAUCAGAUAAACCUAAUGACGAUCCUUGGAUUUCACCUGUUGAACUUGAUUUUAUUAAACAAUCGUUGAUUGCUGAUAACCCCCAUGCUGCAGAAACUAAGAGAGUAAUAUCACAUCCUUGGAAAAGCAUAUUGAAAUCAGCACCGUUUUGGGCAAUUGUUGGAGCUCAUCUUAGUGAAACCUGGGGACAUCUCACGAUGUUAACAGAAUUACCAACGUUUAUGAGUGAUGUAUUGCAUUUUAAAAUUGAAACAACUGGUUUUAUAUCAGCUCUUCCUUAUCUUGGAUCAACAAUUAUUGUUAUAUUUGCUGGUCAUCUCGCUGAUAUUUUGCGAUCAAAAAAAUAUCUCACAACAACUCAAGUACAAAAGAUAUUUACAUGUGUAGCAUUUGUAGGCCAAUCAAUCUUCAUCAUUUCAGCUGGAUUUUUAAGUUCAAGUUCUGAAGUUAUUUUCUGUAUUAUAACCGGAAUGAGCAUUGGUGGUUUUGCAAUGUCAGGUUUUAAUAUUAAUUUCCUGGAUAUUGCACCUAGACAUGCCAGUGUCUUGUUGGGUAUAAGUACAACAAUAUCCAUGCUGGGAGGGGUUAUUAGUCCAAUUCUCACUGGUUACAUUGUCCAAGACAAGGUUAAAACUAUUUAAAAUUGAAUUUAUAAUGUAACUUUUAUUUAUUUAUAAUUUUUAACAUAAUAGAAAUAUGCUAGCUGGAGAAUAGUUUUUAUAGUUGUCGGAAUCAAUUAUCUUGUUGGAGCGGUCUUUUAUUGUUUAUUUGGUUCAGGAGAACAACAAAAAUGGGCAGAUAUCGGAAAUACAGCAGAGAGAAAAAAAAAAAGUGAGAAUAAAUAAAUGAUCUUCAACGAACAAAAAACGAAGUCUGAUCAAAAAAAAAAUCUUAAAUAAUGGCUUAUUGUUAAUUUUACAAUGUUUAUUUAGUAUUAAUAUUUUUUUAACAAACAACAAAUAAAAAAUACAUUAAAUUCCUCAUAUUAACAAAAUAAUUAAAA